UAACGACGCCAUGUCGCUGUUUGCAUGAAAAUUUUUAUAUGUGAGACUUGUGGAAAUAAAUUAAUUGAUAAAAUAUAUCUAAAAUUCGAAUAAAUCGAGUACAGAGCAUUAGUAGACUACAUAGUUAAAAGAUGGCGCUGCAGACAUAUGGUGAUAAGCCUGUGGCAUUCCAACUGGAAGAGGGCGGCGAAUACUAUUAUGUGGGCUCGGAGGUGGGCAACUAUAUGCGGCACUUCCGUGGUAUCCUUUAUAAAAAGUACCCAGGAAUGACACGUAUUGUUCUUUCCAAUGAGGAAAGAAAGCGUCUCGCCGAUUCCGGCCUUAGCUCACACAUUUUGGCCAGUUCGGUGUCUCUGCUCCGGGCUGUAGAAGUUGAUGAUAUUAUGGCCGGCAAUGAUGAGAAAUAUCGUGCAGUUUCUGUAAAUACCUCGGAUACUCCAGUACCACGGGAGAGCAAAUCUAAGAAGCAGCCACAAUAUGUUCCAACCAUGCCCAAUUCAAGCCACCUUGACGCAGUGCCUCAGGCAACGCCAAUAAAUCGCAAUCGGGUGCACACUAAAAAGGUACGCACAUUUCCUAUGUGCUUUGACGACACAGAUCCAACAGCGAGUCUGGAGAAUGCAGCACAGAAGGAGUGUUUAGUGCCCAUACGUUUGGAUAUGGAAUUGGAGGGACAAAAGCUUCGUGAUACUUUCACAUGGAACAAAAAUGAGAGCAUGAUAACACCUGAACAGUUCGCCGAAGUUCUGUGCGAUGAUCUCGACUUGAAUCCCCUGCCAUUUGUUCCAGCCAUUGCUCAGGCCAUACGGCAGCAAAUCGAAGCGUUCCCUAACGACCCGCCCAUACUGGAAGAAAGCUGCGAUCAGCGCGUUAUAGUUAAGCUAAAUAUUCAUGUGGGAAACACAUCACUUGUUGAUCAGGUCGAAUGGGAUAUGUCGGAGAAGAACAACAAUCCCGAAGAGUUCGCCAUCAAAUUGUGCGCAGAAUUAGGUCUGGGUGGUGAAUUCGUUACAGCUAUUGCAUAUAGUAUACGGGGUCAAUUGUCCUGGCAUUGUCGUACAUAUGCAUUUAGUGAGGCUCCAUUAUCCACCAUCGAUGUACCCUUCCGAAAUCCCAGCGAUGCGGAUGCAUGGGCACCAUUCCUAGAGACGCUAACUGAUGCCGAAAUGGAAAAGAAAAUACGUGACCAGGACAGAAAUACGCGACGCAUGCGACGAUUGGCUAAUACAACAACAGGCUGGUAAUCGAGGGUUCGUUUCAGUAACGCACUUAUUUGUGAAUGUUUUAAGUGGAUAAGCUCCAAUAAUAGUGAUUAUAAAUAAAUCAUAUAUAAUCAGCUCUGGAUACUGAAACUUAUAAGGGAAGUCGCAAGAAUUAAAUGUAUUCAGUUAAUUAUCUUAAACUAAUUUAUAAUCACUAUUAAACAUACGUGUGAAUUGUUGCAUCGUAAAACUGAAUUCACCGAAUUUAGUCGGCAAUAUAUUUAUAUAUAUAUAAAUAAUAAAUACAUGUCUAUUUUAAAGCCAA